AUGGCUAUCAGUGAGAUCGUCGCCGAUGAGUCGCUUUUACCAGUGCUUCAAACCAGUGCUGAGACCCUCGCCCAAUGCCAACAGUUGCUUUCGAUCCUCAAUCCCGAAUCCUCCCCCAACGAUGCCGCCAAGCUCCAAGAACUGUCAUUAGCCGCCACCAAGCAUCAGAGACUUCUCUAUUCUCUACUUGCCCAACUCCGUGGGCAGAAUCGGGAUGCCAUCUUUCGCGUGCGCGACACCAAGCAGGCGACCGCGGAAGCUCGGCAAGAGAUCGACCGGCUACACCUUCAACUCCAGAACUUGUACUAUGAACAGAAGCAUCUCACGGGUGAGAUCGCUGCCUGUGAGGCUUAUGACCACAAAUAUCUAUCUCUUCCCUUGAUCCCGGUCGAAGAGUUCCUCGAGCUUCACCCCGAGCAUCGCGAAACCAACGAGCAUGAACUGAUGAUCGCCCGCAUUAAUCACGAGCAUGCCGAACGCGAGAAGCUGGAACAAGCGCGGCAGGAGCUCCUUAAGCGCAAGCAGGCUUUGAUCGCCGAGAACAAGAAGAGAAAAGAUGACCUUGCCAACCUUGAUCAAGAUCUCGAGAAGUUCAUUGAUGCCGCCAAACCCAUCCAGAGGAUCUUCGAGAAGGAAUACUAG